UGACAAAUCCACUAGAGGGCACGCAUGUAGUCGUUAAAAAUGUUAGUCGGAAGCUGUCGAAAAUGAUGAAUUUGGUUUUGCAAAUUGUUAGAACUUUAGGUAAAUUGAAAUUAAAUUAAUGAAUCACGAUGUUUCAAUAGUUAGAUUGUGUAAAUAAACAUCAAAACGGGGUAGAAAGUGUUCUUUGUGUGUAAAAGUCAUAAGACUUGUGUCAUCUGACUGCUCUCCUUCAAGAUGGCUCCUCCGCCGGAGUAUGAUAAGGAACCAAAAGCCCCAGAUAAAAGUUCCACAAACAUCAUAAAUGAAGACUCGAAAGCACACAAUCUGGUUAAUGACUUACAACCCAAUUCGGAUCUUAAACCUGUAAAUCCGGCUAGCAACAGCGAAGUUGAGAACAACAAACACGUGGAGACCCUAGACGACGGACAGCUGCGUGCCCUCCUAGAUGAAGCAAUCCAAUACAAAUGCCCCAAAGACCGCGAGGGUAAAAGUAGUCUCUUCCAGGAGCUCCUCGAGGAAGUGGAGCAAGACGAGGCGUGUGAAGCAGCCCGCAGUUUCGGUCCCCGGGGGGUAGUGAGGGACGCGCGCGGGCGGCUCGCUCUGUCGCAUGCCAACUCGAUGCAGGAUCUGGUGGCGGCCCUGGCGGGCGAGUCGGCGCAGCGGCCCGUGCGCCACCAGCCGCCGCAGCGGGCCCAUGCCUCGGUUUCGGAGCGCGCCACGCACGGGGGCAGUCUACCUUCCGGAGUCGAUACUUCGUUCCACGCGGCGGAGGAGCCGGUGACGGGGGGCGGGUACCUGGCAACGGUCCGCUGCGUUAACCCGCCGCCGCUCGCCGAGCGCCGCGUGUCCGCCAGCGACGCCAACUGUCCCGCUGAACUCGAACUGCUCAACAAGAGAAGUAAGACGACGUUCCCGAUGUACACGGCGCGCGCGACGCUCGAGAUCGGCAGCGGCAGCGUGUGCUCGGGCCGCGCGGUCACCACCACCACGGCGUCCAACCAGGUUGAUUCUGCUAUACCGUUUAGUUGCAUCACAACACCAGAGGUUGUGACCAGUUGCAACACGACAUCUUCUACUUCGCAGUCUGCAGUUGCUGUCGAUCCAAAGCCGCUGCAGUUGGGCUCCUGUUACCGCGCGGUGGCCAGCCUCACGGCCGCGCUCCCCACCCCGGCACCCGCCUCCGCUCCUGCCCCCGCCUCCGCUUCCGCCUCCGCCUCCGCCACCGCUACCGCCACAGCCGCCGCCCGCAGAGAACAGCCUCGCAGUGUAAUCGGCUACAACGGUCUCUCGGGACCGCGGCAGCACGGGUUCAUUGUCGCGUCCGCACCAGAAGAACACAAGGUGCCUAUAUUCACUGUGCACUACCGUUUACAGAAAUCUCUAGACGAAAACGGCAACGCAGUACAAGGAAUCAGUUCUCCCAGUCUACACAAGAAACCUAGGAGAAAAAAGUCUUCCAAGAAUGAGACAGUUAUCAACUUGCAUCAAAUAGACGGCUACCAAGGCAACAAGGACUUGAACGAGCUACUGCGCUUUAUAGAGUCGAACGCGGACAACGGUCGCGGCUCGAAGCUCGGCCGGACCAAGCACAAGGACGACUCCGACGACAAGGGUGGCAAGAAGCGCUCCAAUGAGCGCCGCAAGGAGAAGGAGAACAAAAUGAAGCGCGCCACCUCCAUGGAGGAGCUCUCGCGGACCAAGCUCGAGGACCUCACCGUCGAGGCGGAGCCGCCGCUGCGAGCCGACAAGAAGGAGCGCAGGGCCGACGUCGCGCCCGCCAAGGCCGAGCGCCGGUCCUGGGGCGACGACUCGCGCGACUCCUUCUACUACCGACCCGCCGAGCCCGAGCCGGCCCCCGAGCUCGCCGCCGCCGCCACCGCCGCCGAGCUCACCGAGUUCCAGACGGUCACCAAGCGGCGCAAGCCUCGCAGGCGCACCGACGAGCACGAGCGCGACGUGGAGCGCGAGCACGCGCCGCGCCGCCCGCGCCCGCCCUCGCCCUCGCCGCGCCCGCGCCGCGAGUCCGCGCCGCCCUCCGACCGCAGCAACGACUCCAACGACGACAUGGACUCCGUGCACUCGCUGCCCGCCGACGCCACCGCGGGGCUCGCGCGCGCCGCGCCCGCCGCGCCCGCCGCGACCGCCGCCGCCACCACCACCGCCGCCGCCGCCGCCGCCGCCGCCGCCGCGCCCGCCUCCGCGCCGCCGCACGCCUCGUACGCGGACAUCGCCCGGACGCGACACAACAUCCCCGACCUCAUCGAGUCGUGUAACUUCUACACGGAAGGCGGUGAGAACGGGGCCGAGCCGCGGCGGGUCGAACCGGCGGCGGUGCCUGGCGACGCGGACGGUUACCCGGCGCUGGAGCCGCGCACCGUCGCCGGCGGCCCGCCCGCCCAGCCUCGUUCACGCCUCGCGAAGCCGCCACCGCCGCCGAGUGUGCCGCGCCGCGACCGGAAGGAGCGUGCCGCGGCCCCGCCCGCAGAGUGCCCGGCGCCGGACGUGGUCGCGGACCGGCGGCCACCCGUCAUCCUGCUCGACUCGGCGACGCGGCCGCGCGACAUGGACGGCGUCACGUUCGGGUUCGACAUCAAUGAGCAGCUGCUCGGCGCGCCGACGCGGCGGCCGCGCUGUGACCUGGUCUGCGAUGCGCCCGACGCCGAGCCGGCGCCGGCCGCGCCGCCCGCGCCGCUGGCGCCGUCCGCGCCGCUCGCGCCGGCGGCGCCGCUGGCCGCGACCUCGGUGGCGGUGCGGGCGGGCUGCGCGGCGCUGCGGUACGUGCCGCCGGAGCCGCCGCCCGACACGCACCACUUGCACCAGAUCAUCGACUACGUUGGCACUGCCUGGGAGGACGUAAUCCGAUGCGGCAGUGGAAAAGUACGAUACUUUAGCGAGUAGCCACGAACGCUCGUUUAUACGGAACGGCGUCGUCGCGAGUGAAGUGACGUGCGGUACGUGCCGAAAGACAAUUGUUCUGUGUACUGUGUAUAUAAAACUGCUACCGCCGGAGGUCGCAGCGGUGCGUGCGCUCGGUCUCUGCGUACACGAAAUUAUUUAUGCGCUUCGUCAUAUUUUAGUGAAAUGUAAUAUAAAGAAUCUUCCAUAGUGCCGCGGCGGUCUUUGUAACGGACGAGUGUGAGUGGAUAGUUUUGGUGCAGUGCGGCGAUGGUGGCUCGUCACGCUUCUGCGAGCCGGCACCAGUUCAAACUUAGCGUUUCUGCUGUGAUUAAAUUGUUACAUAGGUGAACUGAACGAGAGCUACCUUAAGCAUUUAUUCAUUAAAUUUGCACUUGAAAAAACCUAAAAAAAAUAUUAAAGCUGUUAUAUAAUAAGUCUCAUUUGGAUUUAUACUUUAUUAUACAUGUUUUAUGGCCUAGUGUGAGGACUACUGGGAACGGGUGGGGCUGAUAUUGGUAGUAUGAACAAUUCUGGUCGCAACUGCCAAACAUGGUGAAUUAAUAAGAAAUUAGGGUAAAGUGUGUUUGUAUAGAACUGAAAACCGUAAAGUAUAGAAACUACAGAGGACUUUUCAAUGGUGUGUUUGACUGAGAACUGGGAAUGUCCAUGACAGAGUAGUUCCAAGCGAUUCCUCAUAUUGGGUCUCCACAGAGAUGUUUUGAUUUGUGUUGAUGGAGGCAUGUAAUAAUUUGUUUAUGUUGAUGUUGAUUGUGCUUGAGUUUUGUUAUGUAAUCACAAAUAUUUAGUAGAUUUUCUCUAACUAGACACUCAUUACUAUUUUGUUAUGUAUUUUUAAGUUUUACCAUUUUGAAUUGUAAAUAUAUAAUAAAUAAAGAUCUUUUAAGGUGUAACUGGCCAUAAUUGACAUGUGCUGUGGUGUCGUCCUACUUGGUCACCUUCUCAUUAGGCUAUUUAUUGUUAUUGAAGUUAUAUCAGUUACAUCACAUAUGUUUUUUUCCUAUAAUCCUAAGUUCAACAUUUAAAAAUAAUAUCUCCAUUUAAGAAUUUCCUUUUGUCGGUACAACUAAUUUGUGCAUCUUCCUCCAGCAACCUCUAUCACAGGCCUUAUCCUUUAUACUAUACGACAUGACGCAUAGUGUUCCUUUUAAAAAUAAUAUAAUGGAAUAUUAUAAUUUACUUAUUUAGUAUCAAUUAGUAUGAGAAAAGAACCACUUUCUAAUUAAAUCCAUUGAUUGUAAUGUAUUACUCAAUCAGAUUAAUUUGGUUUUCCAUAAAAGUUGUAGGUUGAUAACAGUGGCUGACUGUGAAAGUUGAUUAUUCUUUCUUUUAAUAUUUCUAUUCCAUUACAAAUGAGAAUUUGGCCAAAUUGGAUCGUAUGUUUGAUGCUAAAGUGAGAACUUUAAUAAUACUAAUAAAUGUAAGUGUUGAGUGUAACAAAUAAACCUAUAUGCAGCAAUGACGCGCUUCGCUAAUAACAUAAUACCGCGCAUAGGUGUUUUGUUAGAUGCCAGUGUAAGAACCUUUUGUCAAAGGUUUGACCAAACUGCAUACUGUAUUGUAUUGUACAUAAAUCAGUCAUCGUUGUUCAAUACAAACGCAAUUUUGCGCGUGAGUCGCAUUUACGUGAAGAAUGAUUGUGUAGUUUAUAAUGUUUGCUGCAAACUAAAAUAUCUAGACGGAGGCAAGUACUCUCAUUUUACUUAUCUAAAUUAUGAACAUGAAAUGACAGUAUUGUGCGAGUACAAGUAAAAUGAGACACUACUAUAUGGCACCUCGAUCAUUGAAUUGAAUCUCAAUGCAAAUUGUACUAAUUUUACUUUUUAUUUUUGAAAUAUUUGUGCCAAUACUAGGUGGUGCUUUUUUUCAUUCAUUUUAUUGUAAAAGAGAAAUGGCGCAAAUUUUUGUAGGAUCAGAUUUACCAUAAUAAUACAGAUGAUAGAGUGAGCAAAAAUUUCUUUAGCCAUAUCUCUCUCCGUCUAGUUAUUACUGCAAUGUAAACUUCACCAAUACAUUGUCCAUACAUACAAAAAGUACCAUCGUCUCAAUGUUGGGUGAGUUAUCAAUAUUGAUUGACGGAAAACUAGUCGAAAGUGUGUGGAGAGCAUAUAUUUAUUGUACUAAAGAAAAUCCUAUAAAUAUAUUUGAUGAAAAGAGAUGAUCAGAUAUGAUGAAAAUUAUUGUAAUUUUAUUUGAUUUUUUGUUUGUACAUGUAGAAUUUAAUAAAUGUGGUUAUAUAAAUGAAUGUAGUCUGCCUAGGAUCUUAAAUAAUAUUCUCGGUCUGGUACUAUUCGGUAUUCAUUUCAUGGUGUGACCAUAUUGCGGCAAACUUGUGAACUCUGUACUGGAUUUUACAGAUAUAUUAUUGUUCAAUGGAGUGGGAAAUUUCUACUUCCCGAAAUAACCUCUAUCUAUUAAAACUACUCGAAUUCUUAUCAUUCUUCCAUUUUUUUAACUGAAAUAAAAUGAUACGUUUGUAUCUUACAUAGACGUUAUCAAGCUAGUAUAGCAUACGGAUUUGUACAUCCUUUACCACCUGCAUCCAAUAUUCAAGUCUAUAAAUACUUUUAUGACCAUUUGAGAUAUUACAUGUAUAUUUGCAAAGAUAAACUCGCCAGCUUACAAUGCGCCUUCAAGACACUUGCGCUUAGAGUUUAAAAUAUGUCCAUUCAGUUUCUUUACAAAGUGCUAUAUACACUUAUAGACCACACUUAUAUUGUAAAUAUAUUGUAUAUUAAUUCAUUUGAAUUCAAAAAGAUUCAUGUAUUCAUUACAUUAAUUAUUUUGAGUAGACAAUGCUGAAAGGACGCUCAUAUCAAAGGUAUAGAAAUAUUAUUUAUUAUUUCUUUUCCUUGUAAAAUAUGUAAAUAGAUAUGCAGAAAUCUUA